CCCCCCUCCUCCUCCCCCGCCACCUCUUCACACCUAGCAUCAAGUUGGCUGACUGUUGAGGAGCCGUCUGCUCAAGGUCCGUUGAGACGGUAACGAGGCUUUUCUUUGUGGUGACCAGUUGGGAAGAUGUUUAAGAAUAAUCAUCAUGACCACAAGCAAAGAGUGGAAGCCAUGAUUAAGAACAUUAAUACAAUUUCUUUGGAGAUGAAGAAGAUGAAAGAACUCUCCCAUAUCCUGCUGUGUGACCUCAAUCUCCAUUUUGGUCAGCCCAAGAAGACUGAGGAGCCCAAGGAAGCAGAAACAAGCCACUCAUUUGAAGAGACUGAGAUACCAGAUGUAGCCCUUGCUUCUAUCAGUUUAUCUGACUAAGUUUUUUCUAUUUGUUUUAAAUUUCUGGUUUUGCUGACUUAAAAAUCUAGAAUAAGUUUAUUAGUAUAAUUUAAAACAGUAUAAAAUUAUAAAUAAGCCUAUCAUCUUCUUGAAAACUGGUCUUUUUUGUUUUGUUUUUGUUUUAAUGUCUCAAAGGGAAACUGCUUUCACUAAUGCUGGAAGUCUGAUGCUGGAAACUGAGCUGUCUGUGUUUGAUGUGCUAGCCUUGUCCUCUGGUGUAGACAGGCUUCUCCCGUGUGCUGGGCAGGAGAUGGUAGCAGUGCAGCAGCAGACAGCUUUGCCUGUGCAGGCAUGCCUAAAAAGAACUGAUUUUCUUUCCAGAGAGGGACCCUGAAUGACCUAACUUUUGUUAAGAUGUGAAUCCAUGAGCAAAGAGCUGAGCAGUGGUGAUAGAUCCAGCUGGGAUUAUAAGGCCCGUGGCUCAGAUAGGCAAGGCUGGCAGAAGAUAGAAUUGAAAGAACUCAAAGAAAGCAUGUGCUCGUCCUGAAAACAUGAGAAUCCCAUGAUUGCAGUCAUAGGAGUAGAAGAGAACACCUUAUCCACAGGUUCAUUUUUGCCCCUUCACCCUAAGAGAUUCAAAUACAUUUUGUCUAAUGUCAUCCACUGCUACUUUCCUUGUUUCUGUGAGCAAACACUUGUAAAGAAGCAGCUUAAGGGAAGAAGGUUGGUUUGGGCUUAUACUUUAAGAGAGUGUGGUUGCUAAUGGCAGGGAGAGGAAGUGGUGGGCUGUGAGGCAACUGGUCACAUUGUGUCCACCAUUAUGAAGCACAAAGAGAUGGAUAGUUUGCUCUGGGCACUCAGCCCACAUUUAGGGUCUUCCCUCUUCAGUUGAUGCUCUGGAAGCAUCUUCACAGACACAGCCUUACAUGAUUCUAAAAUUCAGUUAAAUUGACAAAUUUAACCAUCAGAGCUACCAAUAGAUGCUUUGAAAUCUACCAUGUCCUUCAACUUUAUCACCUUCAGAUAUAAAAAUACCUGCAGUGUCCUGCUGCUCUCUCCCCAGGACCUAGCUCAGUGCUUUACACAGGAUAAACGUUAUAAAUCCCUGCUGGGCAUCCUACUGAAGAAAUUAACACAGCGUUUUCAGCUUUAGCAUCUCCAAGUUCUGGGUCCUAAAUUGAGAGCUCUGGGUUUGUAAGGAUGAGGUUUUGUAGAACAUUAUUGUCAUUUGUUAAGCAUCUCCACAUUCUACCUACUCAUCUAAGUGUGUCCUCUGUAUUAACCUGGUGACUUUUAAGGUCCCUUCUUAAAACAAACAACUGGUUUUUUUGUUUGUUUGUUUUUAACUCAUGAAAAUAAAAGUAUAUUCUUUUCCACCUGAAAAUUUUGUAGAUCAGAGAAAUCAAAACAUUUGUCAAUAAAAGUCACAAAGUGAUGCUGAGAGUCCCAAAGGAAUGAGAUUGGAAGAACAAGGCAUGUCAGUGUUCGGUGAAUACUAGGUUAUCGCUUGCUAAACUUAAACAACACUGCAAAUUCUCAUCGUACACUGAUGUCUUGAUAAAACUUAUAGUGACAAGGGGAAACACUAUGAACUGAAAAUUCAUUUACUGACAAUACCCAUUGAACAUCAGAGCUCAGCCUAGCCUGUCUCAAACAUGCUCAGAUCAUGUACGUUAGCCUGCAGCUGGGCAAAGUCACCUAAUACAAACUCUAAUUUGCCUUAAAAUACUGAAUAUAUGUUUCUAAUUUAUUAAAUUUUCACAAACUCCCCACCACCACCAACAAAGGAAAAAAAACUACUUGCAACAUAUAAUACUGUAAAAUACUGUUGGGUACCUUGGUGGUCACAUGACUAACUAAGACUUUCAUAUCACCUGUUGCUAGCCUAGGGCAACCAGAAUUCACAUUGACAUACAGUGUGAUUAACAGGCAUCACUCCCACACCGUCAUACAGUCACAGAUGGUAAGGCAACAGAAACCAGAAUCCCAACUGUACGUCUCAUUAAGUGUGUUUUAUAAACUGAAGGAGAGUUGAGAUGCUUUGAAAGGUUUAUAAUCCAAUCUGAUAAGGAUGAGACAGUCACAGCACAUUCUUGUUUUGAGGGCAGAAAAGCACAGCUGAGGUUUGGAUGGGUAAUCUUCAAAGGCCCUUGUGUUAGAGGCUUGAUCCACCCACCAGGGCAAUAGUGGGUAGUGGUGGGACUGACCACAGGAGGACAAGCCCAGUGGGAUGGCAUUAGUUCAGUAGGUGCAUUCCUUGAGGGAAAUUACCGGGUCUUCCUUUCCUUUUGCCUCCCAGUCACCAUGAGCUGCACGGAUGUCUUCCAUACUUCCUUACUUGAGUGUCCUGUAUGAGCCACCGCAGGACACAGAACAAGCGACCAUACUGAGCAAGCGACAAGCUUUCUAAAUGAAAGCCAACCAAUAAAAGGAAUGUAGUAGGGGGGUGGGCUGGAGUGUGUGUGCGCACCUAUGUGUGCGUGUGUACAAAGUAUCGCCUCAUCUUCCCAGGAGCUCCUCAGGGGGUACACUGUGGAUACAGCUGGGGGAUUAAAGAAGAAUCACAAACCCCAGUGUGUUUGACAGCAAAAUUGCAUCACUAAUUCUAAAACUGUUUCCUUCUUAGAGGAUUUGUAGCUUACAUUUACUUUAACACCAAAAUAUAACAGCAUGGACUAAACAGUAAGGUUGUUUUGAGGAUCUAAAAGAGUAAAGCAAAAGAUAACUUUAAUCCUAGGAGGUUAUCCCAACAUGCAUUUAUCUCAAAUAUGAAAAAUCCAUAAAAAUACUCCCUGCAAAACCAAAUAAGAAAGGAUUUAAAGCCUCUUAAGUUAU